UAUACGACCACAGAAGAAGAAAUCAUUUUACCGCAAUAAAAUUCUCCAACCGACGAGGGUUCACGCCUGACCGAGCGAUGCUUCUACAAAAUCCCGUCCGAAAAAGAAAACCCAGAAAGGGGGGAUUUGUGGAUUUUGUGUCAUAAACGUGCCGCGGUUCACAUGAAGGGGAAACAAUGGCAGCGCCCAUAGCACUCUCGUAUUUGCAGUAAAUACGUCACCAAAGGUCUGUUCCACCAUUAAACACAGAGGUAUUCAAUAAAUACAGGAAUAAUUCUGCUAGUCCUACAAGCGAAGGGACCACUUCUUUCAAAAGUAAUAUUGAAGCAAAUCCAUUGUGACACAGUUUUGUACAAAAUUUUAAGAUUAAAGCCAUGAGGGAUCCAGACACAUGCAUAAUGAAGGAUGAAGAUACUGAGGAACGAAAAGAUGAGUUAACGGAUGAAGGUGAUGAACAGAAUGAAGUUGAGGAGAAACAUGAGUGUAAAAAAACUCAGAAUUUUGUUAUGCUAGAAAUGUCUUCUAGUAGUUUGCAAAAGAACAAUCAUUUCUCACCAAAAGGAAAGCAAAGGACAGAAGCAGGCAACUCUUUCACCUGCCCUCAGUGUGAAAAGAGUUUCAAACAAAAACGUUGUCUACAGGACCACAUGAGAGUUCACACUGGAGAGCGACCCCACACAUGUUCCCAAUGUGAAAAGAGUUUCAGAAAAAAAAGUCAUCUUAAGGUGCACAUGAUCAUUCACACUGGAGAGUGCCCAUAUGCAUGUUCUCAGUGUGGCAAGAGCUUCAAUCGUAAAACAACUCUUGAUGUGCAUAUGAGAAUUCACACUGAAGAGCGCCGGUUCACAUGUCCUCAGUGUGAAAAGAGUUUCAAGCACAAAUCAGCGCUUGUGGAGCACAUAAGAAUUCACACUGGAGAGCGUCCAUACACAUGUUCUCAUUGUGGAAAGAGUUUCAAACACAAAUUGACACUUGUGGAGCACAUGAGAAUUCACACUGAAGAGCGCCCACACACGUGUUCUCAUUGUGGUAAGAGUUUCAAACAAAAAUCAGCGCUUGGGGUGCACAUGAGAAUUCACUUGGAGGAGCGCCCAUACGCAUGUUCUCAUUGUGAAAAGAGUUUCAAACGCAAAACAAUUCUCGAUGUACACAUGAGAAUUCACACUGGAGAGCGCCCAUACACAUGUCCUGAGUGUGGAAAGAGUUUCAAGCACAAAUUCCAUCUUGAGGAGCACAUGAGAAUUCACUGUGAAGAACGACCAUACACAUGUUAUCAGUGUGGAAAGAGUUUCAAACAAAAUUCAACGCUUAGGCUGCACAGGGGAAUUCACUUGGAAGAGCGCCCAUAUGCAUGUUCUCAGUGUGGAAAGAGUUUCAAUCGCAAAAUAAUUCUUAAAAUGCAUAUGAGAAUUCACACUGGAGAGCGCCCAUACGCAUGUCCUGAGUGUGGAAAGGUUUUCAAGCACAAAUUCCAUCUUGAGGAGCACAUGAGAAUUCACUCUAAAGAACGACCAUACACAUGUUCUCAGUGUGGAAAGAGUUUCAAACAAAAUUCAACGCUUGGGCUGCACAUGAGAAGUCACUCUGAGGAGCGUCCAUACGCAUGCCCACAGUGUAGAAAGACUUUCAAGUACAAAUCAGGACUUUGGAAGCACAUAAGAAUUCACACUGGAGAGCGCCCAUACGAAUGUCCUGAGUGUGGAAAGAAUUUCAAGCACAAAUUGAAUCUAGAGGAGCACAUGAGAAUUCACUCUAAAGAACGGCAACAUACAUGUUCUCAGUGUGGAAAGAGAUUCAAAAAAAAUUCUAUGCUUGCGCUGCACAUGAGUAGUCACUCUGAGGAGCGUCCAUAUGCAUGCCCACAGUGUAGAAAGACUUUCAAGUACAAAUCAGGACUUUGGAAACAUGUGAGAAUUCACACUGGAGAGAGGCCACACACAUGUCCUCAGUGUGGAAAGUGUUUCAAGCGCAAAGCAAAUCUUGAGGAGCACAUACAAAUUCAUAAUGGAAUUGGUCCAAUUGUAGUCAUUGAUGACUCAUACAAAGCCUGUUCACUGGCAUCUCUUCUCUGAAAGUGAAGCAGAUACAGGCAAAAGAUAACCCCAACAGCUUUUGAUGAUUAUAUAGUUAUAUUCAGAAAUCAAUAAUUACAGUGCUAGUUAAAAUUUCUGAUGUAAAUUUGCCGUUUUUAUAUAUCAAGAAUUCACAUUAUUACUUGUAGAAAAAAAAUUCUGUAUCAGGAAUGAUUAUUUUUACUAUAAAAAAUAUCUAAUGAAUAAUCCUGAGAAUUAAUAAAUAUUAUUUCAUGCA